UUUCUCGUCUUGUUUUUCUCUCCGUCCUCCAAGAAAGGGAUUCUUGGUUUGUUGGCAGGGAGAAAAGGAAGGAUCUAAAAGCAGCAGCAGAGCGAAAAAGAAGAGAGAAACCAUUUCUAAAUAAGAAAACAGCACCAGCCCCGCCGGCAACGCAUCCGAAUUCUCUCGUCAUCUCUAAAACAACAAUAGCAAACAGAAAAAAUAUGAGCAAUAUUUCAAGGACUGGUAACAGCACCACCCAGGCUUGUGCAGCUUGCAAAUACCAACGCAGGAAGUGCGCUCCUGACUGCAUUCUCGCCCCUUAUUUCCCUCACAAUCGCCAGAGGCAAUUCCUCAAUGCCCAUAAAUUGUUUGGUGUUAGCAACAUUAGCAAGAUCAUCAAGAACCUUAACCCUCCCGAGAAGGACGAAGCCAUGCGUACCAUCAUCUUUCAGUCAGAUGUCCGGGCAAAUGAUCCCGUCGGAGGAUGUUAUCGAAUGAUUCGAGAACUCCAACGUCAAAUUGAAUACACUAGGGCUGAACUUGAUUUUGUUCUUCAUCAACUUGCUAUAUAUCGUGCCCAGGCUGCAGCCCAACAACAGACUCAAUUGAUCCAAGCACAAGCAGCAGCAGCUGCCGCUGCCGCAGCCCCUGAUCAUCAGACCGAUCAUGACUGCCAAAGUAUCAUUAUUACGGAUACUUUCGACAUGUACGAUCCAGUCAUGCAAUAUCAUGAUCAAUACCCACAAGAACAUCAAGAUCAACAAGAAUUUGUUAUUCACAAUCCAGAUAACAACCAACUACAUUUACAAGAUCAAGAUCCUGCAAAUGCAUGGGCCACCGCGGCCAACUUGCAGGAUAUUUCUAGCUUGUCGAUAUCAUCAUCGCCUAAUUACUUAGAUGAUCAGCUUAAGCAAGCUUAUAAUGGCGAAGAUCACUGUAGUACGCAAGAUGAUAAUUUGAAGCCGAUUCUUGAUGUAAACGACGACGUCAACUUCGAGCCUGAUGAUCAAGAUGAGGUAGUCGAUAUGAGGUUUGUGCCAUCCACGCAGUUACUUAUGUCAUCGUAGAUUAAUUAAUAAUGUAACCAUAUAUCAUGAACGAUUAAUUCAAAUAUUCUUGUUAAUUUUUAAGCUUAGAGAGAUGACUCAUGCAGCUGCAAA